CUUGCACCCCCCACACCCACCAUCACCAAAGCUUUGCACCCAGAAAUUUAUGAGACUUGGAGAUACCAGGAGUAGCUUGGCUUGUUCAGGAUCCACACCCGCCCUUAGGGUUGGCCCCGGGCUAACACCCUUGCAGCAACCCAUCCUCAGCAACCGCCAUAACAUAAAAGCUUCGCCCCCUUUUUUUCCGACGUUGGGGAGGCCAGGAACAUGAAUGGGCUGAGGAUCCCCGAGCCUCGAGGUGCCCCUUUUAUCAUUGCUUGUGACCCUCUGCCGAAAACUGACAAUUUAAUCUGAGGGAGAGGGUCUCCAGCAAAGAGAAUCACGGGCGUGGACUCCCUACAUGCCGUACGCUAUUGUAAGCUUCAAGUGUAAAUCUUCAUAGGGAACUUCCAUGUUCAAAAACGCUGACCUGGUUCCUCACAUGAUCUGUCACACACAUCCCAGUCGCUUUGUGGCUGAAUUGGUGCUUCCUCUCCCCACGGUGUCCCCCCCCCCCGUUUGAAAGAGGAGGGCUUUGGCGAGCGCCCUGCAGCCUCCAACUCAUCAGAUGAUCUUCCUGAAGAACAGCUGACACCAGCCUUGUGGGCCCAACUUGGCAUGUGAGUCAACCACGCAGAGGGCAACCGAGCUGAUGAGGAGACAAAGUUGGGGAAUGAUUGUUGAGGGAGAGGAUUGUCUCUCUUCUGGAGAAGAUAAGAUGAAGCCAUGAGUGCCUCCCAUUCCCUCCUGUGGGCAGUGGACAUUUUGGGGAGAGUCUACACCUUAACCACGACCAGCCAGUACUGGGAGCUCUGCAAGGAUGGCGAACUGGAAUUCAAGCGAGUUUCGGCCGUCAAGCAGUGCUGCUGGGGGCUCGCUUGCGAUCAUCAAGUGUACGUUUACAUACACUCCAGCGACGUCCCAAUCCGAUUUCAGGAGGAAACCUAUGAGAAUCAGCGCUGGAACCCGGUGGUCGGCUUUUGCGCCAGCCUGCUGCCCAGCGACCGCUGGCAAUGGAGUGACGUGAGUGGGCUGAAGCAUCAGCAGCUGGAAAGCUUUGCACUGCCGUCUCCUCACUGGGAGUGGGAAUCUGACUGGUACGUGGAUGAAAAUUUUGGAGGGGAACCCACAGAGAAAGGGGGGUGGACCUACGCCAUCGAUUUCCCAGCUACGUAUACCAAGGGCAAAAAGUGGAAUUCUUGUGUCAGACGAAGAAGGUGGAUUCGGUACAGAAGGUACAAAGCGCGGGACACCUGGGCAAAGAUUCCAUCUCAUGAAGAUCCGAAGCAGUUACCAGAUCCUUUUAAUGACAUCUCCGUGGGAGGCUGGGAGACGACCGAUGAACCUCCGGGUCAACUAUCAGUCUGGGCUGUCUCUCUGCAAGGCAAAAUCUGGUAUCGGAAAGAUGUCAAUCAUCACAAUCCUGAAGGAUCUUCCUGGACCUUAAUACCUACCCCAGGUGAAGCAAUACAGAUCAGCUGUGGAGCAAAUGAUCUCCUUUGGGCCACCUGCUGGGAAGGACAGGCGAUCGUGAGAGAAGGAAUCGACCGAAACAAUCCACAGGGAACGUCUUGGACAACUGUGGAUCCGCCGGUUGCAGAGCAUGGGAUUUUGCACGUGUCUGUUGGGGUGAACGUGGUCUGGGCAGUCACGAAAGACAGAAAAGUCUGGUUCAGACGAGGCGUGAACUCCCACAACCCUUGUGGCACCAGCUGGAUCGAGAUGAUUGGUGAAAUGCAGAUGGUGGAUGUGGGCUUAAAUGACCAGGUUUGGGGGAUCAGUUGUGAGGACCGAGCGAUUUAUUUCCGUCAAGGCGUCACACCAAGCGAGCUGAGUGGGAAAAUGUGGAAACCGAUUGUCUGCAACCGAGAGAGCGACCGAUCUCAAACUGGCAGUUCCACCAGCCUUCUUAGCGCUGGCUGCUUCUUUACAGAUGACAUCAAAGAACAAAGCCAUUCCACCUUUCAAAGUGAUGGAGAUUCCCAAGUGGAGUCAGAAUCCCUUCUAAAUGAGUCUCGUCUCCUUGGGCCAGUAUCUGAUGCUAAUAACGGACCCCAUCUGGUCCCAGAGCUGGAUACAGACCCGUUGGCCACUGUUCUUGAUGAAGUCGCUGCUGGGCCUGACGGAGACCUCCCAGGUGCCCCAGAAAAACCUGUCUCCGAUCUGGACUCCCUUCCAUCCAAGCCUCAGUGGACUAACAUUGAUUUGAAAGAAGCCAGCAGGCCAUCUAAAGCAUCUGUCAGUGUGUUUGCUGAGACGUCCAGCUUGUCUUCCUUCUUACCCACUGGUGUCGAGGAUCACUUUGUGGCCGAUGAGCAUCCAUUCUGGACCUGGGUCUCCAGCCGGGGUUGCCUAGUAGAUUCCCAGAGUGCUCUAAAAUGGUUCACAGCUCAGUCAGCUUUAAACUCCUGCGCUCAGUCCUUGGCUCUUUCCAUCAGCCCAAGUCAGACUGCCCAAUGGAGGAAGCAAAUCUUUCGCCAGCUAUCAGAAAGGACCCACCGGGAGUUGGACAACUUUAGACAUUACGAACAGGCUGUUGAGCAAUCUGUCUGGGUCAAAACUGGAACUUUGCAGUGGUGGAGAAGCUGGAAGCCUUACCGUUGGGUUGACGUGCAGGUGGCCCUUGAACAGUUCACUGCAAACGACGGGACACGGGACAGCAUUCUCUUUGUCUACUACACACGCAAUGAGGAAAAGAAGUACAUCCACAUGUUCCUCAACGAAGUCACUAUCCUAGUUGAGAUUCUGAAUGAGGCCAAACAUUCCUUCGCUCUGUAUACGCCAGAGAGGACUAAGCAACGGUGGCCCGUCCGCCUAGCAGCUGGCACCGAACAAGAAAUGCACGACUGGCUGGCACUGCUGAGUAUGUCUUGUUGUGAGGGCCGGCAGCUCCAGGGCCCCCCUUCUCAUGAAGCCAUCUGGUCACUGACCUGCAAAGGUGACAUCUUUGUGAGUGAGCCCGGCCCUGACCUGGAAGCUAUAACACACCCGAUGCCCUGUGACCAAAUGUUUUGGCGCCAGGUCGGGGGACAUCUGCGCCUGAUUGAAUGCAACAGUGAUGGCAUUGUGUGGGGACUGGGAUAUGACCACACUGUUUGGAUUUACACUGGCGGAUAUGGAGGAAGCUUUUUGACGGGUCUGGCAGGCAGCACUGAGAACAUUCAUCCACAGACAGAUGUGAAGUGUGUCUAUAUUUACGAGAAUCAGCGGUGGAAUCCGGUGACUGGCUACAGUAACAGAGGCCUGCCCACCGAUCGGUAUAUGUGGAGCGAUGCAACGGGGUUACGGGAGUGUACAAAGGCUAACACCAAGCCCCCAUCGCCGCAGUGGUCUUGGGUAUCUGACUGGUCCAUCGAUUUCAGUGUUUCGGGUGGGACCGACCGAGAAGGUUGGCAGUACGCAGCAGACUUUCCAGCGUCUUAUCACAGCCAGAAAACAAUGAAGGACUUUGUGCGCCGGAGACGCUGGGCCAGGAAAUGUAAAAUUGUCACAAGUGGGCCAUGGCUGGAAGGACCUCCAAUUGCUUUGCGGGAUGUUUCUAUCAUGUCACGAUCUUCUGGGAGUAAGGAAGAGUUUGUUCCUCUUUGGGCCAUCAGCGACAAGGGGGAUGUACUCUGCCGGCAGCACGUCACUCCCCAAAACCCAGCAGGCACCUCCUGGCUGCAUGUGGGAACAGACCAACCCUUCGUUUCAGUCUCCAUAGGAGCGUUUCACCAAGUCUGGGCUAUUGCACAAGAUGGCUCGGCAUUCUGUCGGGGUUCAGUGUCUUCAAAGAAACCAGAAGGUGAAUGCUGGUAUCACAUUCCUUCCCCUCUGAAGCAGAAGUUAAAGCAAGUCUCUGUGGGACGAACAGCUGUGCUGGCCAUGGAUAAAAAUGGUAAUCUCUGGUUUCGUGCUGGAAUCACACCGAGUUACCCGCAAGGAUCUAGUUGGGAACACAUCUCAAACAACAUCCGUAAAGUUUCUGUUGGACCCUUGGACCAGAUCUGGGUGAUAGCUGACAAAGUUCAAGGGAGCCACAGCCUGAGCUGUGGGACUGUCUGCCAUCGGACCAGAGUCCAGCCUAUGGAACCAAAGGGGCUUUCCUGGGACUACGGCAUUGGGGGAGGAUGGGAACACAUCACCGUACGAGGAAACGCAACCGAAAGCACCAAGAUCGCAUCGCAGGAGGGUUCAAGCAGCUCUCCCCAUGACCCUAGUGGCUCAGAAGCUAGAGGAAGCUACCAGCCGCAAGCCACCAUUUUUGUAGAUGGCACCCAAGGCUUGGAUAGAAACACUGUCCAGUGUUGACAUGUCUCCAGAGACAUGGUGGUGCGUGUUCUUUUUCCACAUUCUGCUCAUUCCAUGUGCCCUGGAUCAUGGAAACUAUCUAAAUGUUGGACUGAUUUUUGAACACUCGCUUUGAGUGUGUGAACAGACCAAGUAAACUCCAAGCAUGCAGUUCAUCUACCCUUCCAUCUUGUAUCUCUUCUGCAAGGCAGAAGUCAGGGUCAACCCAAUCCCCAUUGAAAUGCUCCAACCUGGGCACCCCCCAGGUAUGUGGUUGUCAGCUCCCACAAUUCCCCAGUCAGCGAGGCCAUCAGUGAGCAUUCUGGGAGGUAAGUCCACUCCAAGGGAGAAGAUAUAAUCUGAAGACCGCUGAAUGGAGAGACUGCACAGCCGUCGCUUCAAUGCUUGGUUGGGAGAACUGGAUGUUUUUUGUGUGUGAAUUCUGGUUGUGUUGUUGUUUUAACCCUUUAAUUUAUUGUCUUAGUGGUAUUUCGUAGGCCGGAUGCAAUCAGAUGUCCUGCAGUAACCCUGGAUUCACUCCCAUCAACUACACCUUUGUUAAUGCUGGUCGAUACAUGAUGCAAAAUGUAUGUGAACAGGGUCGAUUAAUCCUUUCUAUAAACCCCCGCUUGGAGCGUCUUUGACCCUGAUCACUGGCUUCCCUAGAGGCUGCGAGGGCAGGUCCUCAGCUACUGUGAGCCAGCCUCCCUCACAGGGUUGAUGUGAAUAAACUGAGCCAACUAGUUAAUUCUACAGCAAGCACUCCUGUUAUGUUCUUUGCUUCAAAUGCCUCAUCGGUUCUAUGUCCAUCACAAACUAAUGAGAGUUAGCAGAGAAGAACUUGGGAAUUGGUACCCAAGGUGGGCAACUGGCAACCCCUGGGUUAAAUACAACCCAUGAAAGUAGUCAGCAUCUCCCCUUGCCUCUUGAUUUAGAGCAAUGUUUCUCAACCGUGGCAACUUUAAGAU